GACCUCACAGUUAGUCUGCACGAGUUAAUCACACAGAGCCUCUAGUGAUUCCCCUUUCUAUUUCUUUUAAGCAGAAACACAGCAGAACCACGCAAACAGAGCACAGCCCCAUCUAAAAAGAAAGAAAAGAACAGAGAGCAAAUACAUAAACAAAUCUAAAAGGACAAACCCCUGGGAGUUCAUGGGAGCGCACAGGACAUGAAAGUGAGCGCCUUUCUGUUUCUCUCAUUUGCCUCCCUGUGCAUCUCUGCCUGUACCAUCCCCCCCCCUCGCCUCAAUUAUAUUAUCCUCUCAGACUUGGAAGCUGCUGCCCGAGCUGACGCUUUGAUGGUAUCUGCGAGCGUUUGUACUGAUCUUUAUUUCUGCCCCCUGAAUAUUAAUUUUCGAAGCUGGUAGCAAUACAUUUCCUGAGUGACGGGACCUACUAGAGGCAGGUGGGGGGAGCCAGCAUCAAAUCAUCAGCAUAAUAAUAAUACAAAGGGGAGGGAUUCUUCUGCAACCCAGAGGCGAGAGGGAAAAAAAAAAGCGAUGAGUUCGCCAAAUACAUGGAGCUUUGGAAGCACAGUCUACUCUCCUGUAUUUUCACAGAAAAUGACGCUGUGGAUUCUGCUCCUGCUAUCGCUCUACCCGGGCUUCACUAGCCAAAAAUCAGACGAUGAUUAUGAAGAUUACACUUCUAAUAAAACAUGGGUGUUGACUCCAAAGGUUCCCGAGGGUGACGUCACUGUCAUCUUAAACAACCUACUGGAAGGGUAUGACAACAAACUCCGGCCUGAUAUAGGAGUAAAACCGACAUUAAUUCACACGGACAUGUAUGUGAACAGCAUUGGCCCAGUGAAUGCUAUCAAUAUGGAAUAUACAAUUGAUAUAUUUUUUGCCCAAACCUGGUAUGACAGACGUUUGAAAUUUAACAGUACCAUUAAAGUUCUCCGGUUGAACAGCAAUAUGGUGGGGAAAAUCUGGAUUCCAGACACUUUCUUCAGGAACUCCAAAAAGGCCGAUGCUCAUUGGAUCACCACUCCCAACAGGAUGCUGAGAAUUUGGAAUGAUGGUCGAGUUCUCUAUACCUUAAGGCUGACAAUUGAUGCUGAGUGCCAGCUGCAGUUGCACAACUUCCCCAUGGACGAACACUCCUGCCCCCUGGAGUUCUCCAGUUAUGGCUAUCCACGUGAAGAAAUUGUUUACCAGUGGAAGCGUAGUUCUGUUGAAGUGGGUGACACACGAUCUUGGAGGCUCUACCAGUUUUCAUUUGUUGGAUUGAGGAACACCACUGAAGUAGUGAAGACAACUUCUGGUGACUAUGUGGUCAUGUCUGUGUACUUUGAUCUGAGCAGAAGAAUGGGGUAUUUCACCAUCCAGACGUACAUCCCCUGCACACUCAUCGUGGUACUAUCCUGGGUGUCCUUUUGGAUCAAUAAGGAUGCUGUUCCUGCCCGAACAUCUUUAGGUAUCACUACUGUCCUGACCAUGACUACUCUCAGCACCAUAGCCCGGAAAUCUCUGCCCAAGGUCUCCUAUGUCACGGCAAUGGACCUCUUUGUAUCUGUUUGCUUCAUCUUUGUGUUUUCUGCUCUGGUGGAAUAUGGCACCCUGCAUUAUUUUGUCAGCAAUCGGAAACCAAGCAAGGACAAAGACAAAAAGAAGAAAAACCCUCUUCUUCGGAUGUUUUCCUUCAAGGCCCCUACCAUUGAUAUCCGGCCCAGAUCAGCAACCAUCCAAAUGAACAAUGCCACACACCUUCAAGAGAGGGACGAGGAAUAUGGCUACGAGUGUCUGGAUGGCAAGGACUGUGCCAGUUUCUUCUGCUGUUUUGAAGACUGCCGAACAGGAGCCUGGAGACAUGGGCGAAUACAUAUCCGCAUUGCCAAAAUGGACUCCUAUGCUCGGAUCUUCUUUCCCACCGCCUUCUGUUUGUUCAAUCUGGUUUACUGGGUCUCUUAUCUUUAUCUGUGAGAAGGUAUGGGUUUAGUGGAUAAGGGUCUUAUUCACUGAAUCUCAUGGAAAGAAUAUGUCUUUCUAAAUCCAAUUAAAUAAUCCCUUAUGUGGUCAUUGAAUCGGUUUUCUGUCUCAACCUAGUAAUAUGUAUAAUGUCGUACUAUCUGUGCCAACUCUCCUUUGGUUAUUGUAAUUUGAACUUCGAUGUGCACUGUCUUUCAAACCUGCAAGGCAAAGUAAGCUUAGAACAAGGACUGUUACACUGAGCAUGCUAUCUUUGGGAAACAGCAAUAGAAUCCAUGAAAGCCUUGAGUGUUUAAAGUGAUGGUAACAGUCUUUGAUUCCCACAGUGUAGGACAAAAGAGGCGAAACUGUGUGCUGUGUUCACUUGGAGUCAAGUUGUGGUAAAUUGGAGCAAAUAAGAAUACCUCCCUCACUGGUGAAGAAUCACAAUAGAAUAGCCUAGAUUAGAAUUCUAUUAAACCUUUAUUUCAAGGGAGGAAGAAAAUUUCCUGCAUAUCAUAUGUACAAUGAUGUAAAUAUUUCAGUAAUGUAGAAUGCUUCCAGUUUAAUGCAUGCACCUCUUUAGAGCCAAAAUAAAUUACCUAUAUGAUCAUCAUAUA